AUGGCACCUCCAUGGGUGAAGAAGCUCACACCUUCUGGCCCUCAGGGUUCAGAGCUCCUCGAGCAGGAGCGAGCUCAGUCCAAUGUCCCCGUGAAGAAAUUAUCGGAAUUCCUGUUUUCUAAGGAAGUGCUCGCAAGGCAGGAAAGAGUUUUGGAUAUUCUCAAGACGGAGAAAGUGUUCAACAAGUCCCUGAAUUACUUCGAUGGCAGAGAGGCAAGAUUCCAAACUGCUCUUGCUCGAGCGAAGCGGAUGCGCCAACUUGCUGUUCAGCACCGCUGGUCUCAGGACGAGUACAUGAUGGCAUCAGAAUUGAUCAGCGAGCCAGGUCCAUAUGGUUUGCACGCCAGCAUGUUCCUGAUCACGCUUCGAGACCAAGGAACUCCUGAACAGCAUGAGUUAUUCCUCAAAAGGGCCGAGGAAUAUGAAUUCAUCGGAUGCUAUGCACAGACCGAAUUGGGUCAUGGUUCAAAUGUGCGAGGCUUGGAGACCACUGCAACCUGGAAUUCUGACGACAAAAUCUUUACCCUACAUUCGCCUCACCUGACAGCUUCAAAAUGGUGGAUUGGAUCAAUGGGGCGAACAGCCAACCAUGCGGUCGUCAUGGCGCAAUUGAUUAUCGAUGGCAAGCCCUACGGACCACAUCCAUUCGUCGUUCAGAUAAGAGACAUGAAAACACAUGAGCCUUUGGAGAACAUACACGUUGGUGACAUUGGGCCUAAAUUUGGAUACAAUACGAUGGACAAUGGCUUUCUGUUGUUGAACAAUGUCAAAGUCCCGCAUGCUCACAUGCUCGCGAAAUUCUCAAGCGUGGACCCGAAGACAAACAAAUACGUUAAACCUGCAUCAGCUUCCCUAGUCUACGGCACCUUGACUUGGGUUCGAAGCACUAUAGUACUCCAAUCCGGUGGAGUACUUGCUCGUGGAGUCACGAUAGCAACCAGAUAUGCGGCUGUCAGACGGCAAUUCCAGGACCGAGAUGCUAAAGAGUCUGAUAUUGGCGAAAACCAAGUACUCAACUACACAAUGGUCCAGGUUCGACUUCUACCCCUUCUUGCUGCCACGUUCGCAUUGCAUUUUACUGGUCGUGGGAUGAUGGCUCUCUACCAAGAAAACCAGAAGAAAAUGGCCGGCGAUGUAGGGAAGGUGUCGCAUACUGGUCGAGGGCCUAGUCCCGAAGAAUUGUUCCCUUCUACGGACUUGCUUGCAGACCUACAUGCAACGUCAUGCGGCUUGAAAGCCUUAGCAAGUACAACAGCGGCUGAGGGUCUUGAAGUCUGCAGAAGAGCCUGUGGGGGCCACGGCUAUUCCAGCUUUAGUGGUAUAGGUACAUGGUAUGCUGAUUAUCUCCCAACGACGACAUGGGAGGGAGACAACUAUAUGUUGACGCAACAAGUGGCGAGGUAUCUGUUAAAAUCGGCACGUUCUGUCCUCAAAGGCGCGAACCCGUCAGAGAACGAUACUACUCAGAUAUUUCGCACGUUCCUAUCGAGACGCGACCUGGGAGCUGCAUUCGAUAUUCUUGGACAGGACGAAGACAUCGUUGCAGCCUUCGCUUGGCGAACUUCAUUCCUCACCUUCGAAGCGCUCAAGCACCGCGACGAAGAGAAAAACAGCUGGAAUAGCUUGCUCGUCGACUUUUGGCGUCUCAGUACGGCUCACUCACAAUACUUGAUCGUCAGAAAUUUCCAUGAGGCGUUGCAGUCCGAGUCUAUGGUGUCUGAGCUAGGCCUUGAGACAACUGCCCUUAUGCAGAAGCUCUUCCGUCUUUACGCUUUACACACUCUAGAGCGAGAGGCUUCAGAGUUCUUCUCCUCAGGCGCCGUUACAGUAAGACAGAUUCAGCUGGCAAGAACGAAGACAGUCAUGAAACUGCUUGAAGAGAUCAGACCGCAUGCAAUACGGCUCGUAGACGCAUGGCAUUUUCCGGAUUGGGUUCUCGACAGCAGUUUAGGGAGGUACGAUGGGAAGGUCUACGAGGAUUUGUUUGAGAGAGCGAGCGAAAUGAAUCCUUUGAAUGCUUUGACGAUUGAUCCGUACCCAAAUAGUGAGGUUCUGAUUAAGAAGGACGAGAGAGAAAAGUUCAGGAACAUGGAUCGAAUGAAGCGGGCAUUAUCUCUUUCUAUGCUGUCGCUCCCUCUCUUCAUCCAUUUCGCUGCAGCGGCAAACCUCAUUGCCCAAAUUCCUCUCGUCGACUCCUUUCCCUUUGACCAUAAUGAAGAACGCGCCACCGCUUCCCUGGCGAGCUUCAUCGCCUCCGAGGGUCCAAUUGCCCUACAAGGGGUUCUCAAUAACAUUGGAUCUGGGGGCGCAUUGGCUCCUGGGGUAAAAUCAGGCUUGGUUGUAGCAAGUCCUUCAAAGGCGAAUCCGGACUAUUUUUACACUUGGACAAGGGAUUCUGCGUUGACAUACAAAGCCUUGGUCGAUGCGUUCAUUGCCGGCAAUUCUAGCUUGCAGUUAGAAAUCGAAAAUUACAUCUACGCUCAAGCUCAGCUUCAAGCGGUCUCGAACCCUUCAGGUGACCUGUCCAAUGGUGCUGGGCUCGGUGAGCCCAAAUUCGAAGUAGAUGGUACUGCAUUCACAGGAGCUUGGGGUCGGCCUCAACGUGAUGGCUCAGCACUGCGAGCCACAACACUCAUAGCUUAUUCGAGAUGGCUGAUUGCGAAUGGGGGCACUUCCACUGUAACCUCAACGAUUUGGCCAAUCAUCUCCAAUGAUCUUAAUUACGUCGCCCAGUACUGGAAUCAGACCACUUUUGACCUCUGGGAAGAAACCGACGGCUCGUCUUUCUUCACCACAGUAGUCCAACAUCGCGCCCUGGUCGAGGGAAACACCCUCGCAGGACAAAUCGGUCAGACAUGUAACGGCUGCAUCCUCCAAGCUCCUCAAAUCCUUUGCUUUUUGCAAAGCUAUUGGAAUGGCCAAUAUGUCCUUGCGAACAUCAACGAUGACAAUGGCAGAAGUUCCAAGGAUGUCAACACGAUCUUGGGCUCUAUCCAUACAUUUGAUCCGUCUGCUGCAUGCGAUGACAGCACCUUUCAGCCUUGCUCCGAGCGGGCUUUGGCCAAUCAUAAAGUCACAACGGACUCCUUCAGGAGUGUCUUUGCCAUCAAUUCUGGUAUUGCUGAGGGUUCGGCCGUUGCAGUUGGCCGGUACCCCGAGGACAUCUACCAAGGGGGUAACCCCUGGUACCUCGCCACACUGGCAGCCGCAGAACAGCUCUACGACGCCCUUUACCAGUGGAACAAGACCGGAUCUCUCAGCGUUACCGCAAUCAAUCAAGCUUUCUUCAAAGACUUCCUGCCUUCCGUGGCAAUAGGCACCUUUGCCUCCUCCUCACCAACUUUCACGACUUUGACGACGGCCAUCAAGACUUAUGCGGACGGAUAUGUGGGCAUUAUCGAAACGUAUACACCAUCCAACGGAAGUCUAGCAGAGCAGUUCUCACGCAGUAACGGCUCCCCUCUGUCAGCGGUCGACUUGACAUGGAGCUACGCCUCCUUCCUCACAGCCGUAGCCCGUCGCUCAGGCCAGAUGCCUGCCUCAUGGGGCGAGCUAAACGCCAAUACCGUCCCAUCCACCUGCUCCGCUACCUCAGCCCAAGGUACCUACAGUACCCCCACCGCUACUGCACCCUUACCACCAUGUACCACCGUUUCUUCUGUAGCUAUAACCUUCAACGUCGCCGAGGAUACAACAUUCGGCGAGACGAUUCUUCUUGCUGGCUCGAUCUCCCAGCUCGGUAGCUGGAACACGGCAAACGCGGUUCCACUCUCUGCGACUGAUUACCAGAUUGAGUAUCCGAGAUGGUUCGUUACUGUGUCUUUGCCGGCGGGGACGACGUUUCAGUAUAAAUUUGUUAAGGAGGAAAGCAGCGGGAGUAGUACGUAUGAGGUACGUGCAUUCGGAGUCCGUACUGGUUUUUUCGGCUCCAAUUCUUAG